AUGUAAUAUGGAAAUAUUUAUAUAAAUAACAUAAUGAAAUGGAUAUAAUUGAUCAUCUUGAAAUUGCUUAUGUAGAUAGUAUAAUGUGGUAAGAUAUUGAAUAUAAAUUAAGGUUGGGAACUAUUUAAAUCAGAAUUAAUGGAUAGUUCAACCUUCUCCUUGUGGAAAAACUCUAACAAUUCACCAGGUUCAAAUUUAGUUUAGGUUUGUGACUUAUAACCAGUUCUGAACUCUAAACUUCUAUAAGGGGAUAUAAAUUUGACAAGAAAUAUUUUAAUGCCAACUUCUAGAGCUUUCAGCAAAAUUAGAAUUAGUUUUGAUAUCUACUAUAUUAACAUAUGGAGUGUAGCAGAAUCUAUUACUGUUUAUGCAAACAGUUUAUUGGUUCAAUAUUAAAAACCUCCUCCAAUUUAGUAUAUAGAUUACCCACUAAGAUUUUGUAUUUCAAGGCCUUUUGGAAAAUCAUAUGCUGAAUACUUUUAACGUAUAGAUUAGGAAAUAUCAUUUAAUGAUCCAAAUUUAAAUAUUGAAAUUGUUCAUGAUAGAGCUUCAACAGGAACGACCAGUGAAUAUGGAAUAAGUAAUUUCAUUUUGCAAAUAUACUUUUGUCCAGAUAGAUGUGGGGAAUGUGAUGGAGAGAUAUGUUUAGUAUGUGAAAUUGGAUAUUAAUUGAUAGAAGAUUAAUGUUUAUGCCAUCCAUUUCUAUAAUAUUCUUAUUAUAAUCCUGAUUUAACAUGUGUUGAUGAAUGUCCUUUGAAUUAUGUAUCUGAUUAGAAUCGAAUAUGUUAAUAAUCAAUUGUUAGUACAAUCUACUCUGAUCUUGUAGAAGAUACAUUUAAUUCUUAUAAAUUUAAAUUUGUUGCUGAUAAAUAUUACAGUGUAAAUUAAAUGAUGAUUAAUACUAUUGGAUUUAAAUCUAUUGCAGGUAUGUUUUCUAAUACAGAUUCAAUAAUAUUUGAUGACGUCAAUUUGCAGCCUAAUUUUAAAUAUAUCAUCAAAUUUAAUCUUUAUAUUACUGGUAGAAUAUCAAAGUUCUUCCCUGAAAAUAUUUAAAUUCUUUUUAAUUAAUAUGUUAUUGCUUAUAUGAUGGAUUUCAACUAAAUUUAACUCACAUCUCCAAUUAAAACAUCAUCAACUGUAAGUUAAGCAUAAUCCUGUUCUAUUCCAACUUAUUCUUAAUGUGCAACAUAUGAAGUAAUUAUGCAAGUAGAAUUAACAGAAUAAGUAACAGAGAUUAUGUUCAAAACUAAAUUUUAGUUAAAUACUCCAACAAGAACAUGGGGAAUUAGAGAUUUCUAAAUCUCUUAAUAUCAAAUAACUUCAAAUAUUUUUUAAUGUUCAAAUAAUUGUUACACUUGUAAUUAAUUUCAACCUAAUGUAUGUUUAUCUUGUAAUGGAAGUUUAAAAUUGUUUAAUGGUAAUUGUGUGUAAUAAUGUCCAAAUUACACUAUUACUAAUGUAAACUCUUGUGAUGAUCCCUAAAUUACUUCAGUUAAGGAGAAAUAUCUACUUAAUAUGUAUUAUGAUAGGAAUUACUAUUCUUAAGAUAACAUUGAAUAAUUACCAUAAAUUUCUUUAUCCUAUUUUAUGAAUCGAAUCAUAUUAGGUGGAUUUGGUAUAUGGUAAAAUUAAUAAAUCAAUUUUAAAAUAAAAAAUGAAAAAUUAGUUUAUAAAGUAAAAGUUUAAUUCAUGUUAUUGUUUAUUGAUUCAACAAAUAAUUAAAUUUUAUUUCGUACUAGCAUUAACAAUGAAUUACCAUAAUAUAAUAUGUUUGGAAGCAGUAUUUCAAUUGGCAAUCAAGUAGGUUAAUCUUACAUUGAAGUUGUUUAGAGUGUUUCAUAUGUGAAAUCUUUUGAAUCUACUUAAGAUUUAAAACUUUAGUUAUAAUGCAUCUAAGGAAUAGACACUGAAGCCUAUUGUGGUAUUUAUGACUUUAGAAUUAUUGUAUCUACUUGUGAUGAUAAUUGUUUAAAAUGUGAUGAAAAUGGAAAUUGCAUAAAUGAGAUUGAUACAAUUAGCACAGAUAUCAAUGGAUGCAAAGAUGGAUAUUACUAAAGUGGAAAUGAUUGUGUACAAUGUAUAUUAGGAUGUACAUUAUGCAGUGAAAUGAAUAAAUGUUAAGCAUGCAAACCUGGUUAUGAAUUAAAAUUCAAUAUAUGUUUUUGUAGUUCAUUAAAAGAAUAAAUAGAUUAUUGUGAAUAGACUAAUUGUUUUCAUAAUUGUUAAACAUGUUUGAACUCAUAAGUAAGUUAUGGAAUUUGGAAAUAAUAUCAUCCUAAGAAUUGUUUAUCUUGUGAUGAAUCAAAAAAUUUAUGGCUUAAUGUAAAUUAAUGCAGUUGUUUAGAUGGUUAUUAUAUGGAAAAUUUCAGUUGUUAUAUGUGUUUACCAACUUGUUUAAAAUGUUAUUAAUAAGCUAGAACAUGUACUGCAUGUCAUCUUGGAUAGAAUAGAAUAUUAGAUAAAGAAUAAUGUCGUUGUUAAAAUGGAUAUUUUUAAGAAGAUAAUGAUUUAAUUUGUAGUAAAUGUAGUGAUUUAUGUUAAAAUUGUAAUUUCACAAAAGAUUAAUGUAAUUCAUGUUAUUCUAGUCAAAAUAGAAUAUUAAAUAUUGAUACAUGUAUUUGUAUGGAUGGAUAUUAUGAAAAUGGAGAUUUAAUUUGUAAAAGUAUGAAUUAAUUAAUUAAUAUUAGAAUGUCCUUUAAAAUGUAAAACUUGUUUAAAUGAAACUACUUGUAUAACUUGUAAUGAGGAUUAAUUUAGAAUAUUAAGUAUUGAUAAUAUUAAUUGUACUUGUUAAUCUGGAUAUUUUGAUUAAAGUUCUGAAAAUACAUGUGGAAGUAUGUAUUUUAUUUGAUGAUUAGAAUGUCACUUAAGUUGUUUAGAUUGUAAAUAAAAUAGUAAUAUUGAAUCAUGUACAAGAUGUCCUAAUACAAGAGAACCUAAAUAUAAAAAUAGUAAUGUUUUAUAAUUUGAAUGUAAAUGUAGAAGAGGAUACUAUGAAACAAAUAAUUAAGAAUGUUCUAGUUGUUCUGAUUAUUUGAAUCCACCUAUUAAUCAUUAUUGUUAUUCAAAUUGUGGUGAUAGUAUAAUAUAAUGGAAUGAAGAUUGUGAUGAUGGUAAUAAUAUAGAUAGAGAUUCCUGUUUUAAAUGUUUACAUGGUAAUUCAUUUUGUUUUGAUUAUACUUGCACUGGAUGUUCAGCAGGAUUAUGUACUGGUUGUAUAGAUGGAUUUUAUUUAAAUCAAGAGUUCAUAUGUUUACCUUGUAAUUCAAGUUGUAAGACUUGUAUUAGUAGAGCUGAUAAUUGUACUGAUUGUAUUAUUUAUAAUGAAGAUUAAUCUGGAUGUUUAAUUUGCAAUUAAAAUUUGGGAUAUCAUAUUAUUGAUUCUUAAUGUGUUCCAAUUUGUGGAGAUGGUAUUAAAGUUGAAUUAGAAGAAUGUGAUGAUGGUAAUUUAAUUAUUGGAGAUGGAUGUGAUUAAUUAUGUAAAAUUGAAUCUGGUUUUGAAUGUGGAUCUCAUUGUUAAUCAAGUGUCUAUCCUAAUAUUAUAUUUGAAGUCAAUAAAUCAGACAAAAAAUUUAAUAAAGAAAGAGUUAUUCGAAUUAAAACAGAUUCCUUAGUUUCUAUAACUGGUAAUAUCAAUUCUAUUAUUUAAUUCAAAGUAAAUAAUUGUGAUGAAUAUGACCUUACUUAUAUUGAUUUAACAAAAUAUUCUGAUAAAUUCACUUAAUUAUUUUUAGAAUUGACAUUGAUAUUCAAAUCAUCUGUACCUGAUCCAGAAUUAGUUUGUUAAAUUAUUCAUUAGACAGCUGUAUUUAAUUAAGAAGGGAAUACAUUUGCAGAAAAGAAUUACAUGAUAAAAUUAAUGGAAUAUAAAUAACCUACUAUUUCUACUGAAUAAGCUACUGAUGGAUUAAUGAAAUUAAGUAAAUAUGUACUUUACUUACUCUUUGGAUUUGCAAUAUUGGCAUUUCUAUUUGGUGGAUUAAAUAUUUUCUGGAAUCUAUUAGAUGCAUUACAAUUAGUUUCUUAUCUUUAAUUUUUUAAUGUUUAAUAUCCAUACAAUUUAAAUAAUUAUUUUACUAUAUUUGGAUUUGCUCAAUUUGAUUUCAUUAAAGAUUACUUAAAUUUGGAAGCAUUAAUCAGCUAAUAUGUUAAUACUCCUGAUGCUGACCUUAAGUUUAAAGAAGAAGGUUAUUCAACUGUUUUUUAUGUCAAUAUUAAUACUGUUUUUAUUGUAUUUCUCACUACUUUUAUUACUUAUAUAGGAUGUACAGCAUUAUUAUCUACACUUACAAAGUUUUCACAUUCAUUUGUAUAUGUACCACUCAAUUCUUAAGAAUAAAGUAUUUGUACCUUUUUCAUUUACAGAGUAACAAGAAAUUUAUAAAUAUAAUUAAUGAAUUUUAAUAAAGCAUUUACAUCAGGUGUUAUUAGAACAUUUAUGGCAGUAGCAUUUGAUUAUAAUCUUGCUUUGUUUUUAUAAUUGAAAGAUUUUGAUCUAAAUGAUCCAAUCCUAUUCACUAGUUUUCUCUUUUGUUUAAUAGCUUUUGUCAUAGAAAUUUUAUUCAUCUUUAUGGCUAUAAACUUUAUGUCUAAACCAUCAUUUGUAUUUAAAUAAAAAGUUAGUCUAGAUAAUUUUGGAGCUAUUUAUGAAGGAAUUAAAUUAGAUAAAAAUCCAUUUACUUAUUAUUUUAAUAUCAUACUCUUAAUCAAAAAAAUGUUAUUUAUGAUGUGUUUGGUUAUGUUUUAUUCCUCUCCUUGUUUAUAAGUUGGAUUAGUUUCUAUCCUUAAUAUUGUUAUUGCUCUAUAUCUUAUCAAAAUUUAACCACUUGAAGAUAAAGAUGAAUUAUUUAAAUAAAUUGGAUCUGAAAUCUUAAUUUGGCUUGCUGAAAUCCUUAUUUUAGGUUUUGCUAUUAAUGAAUAAUCAAAAUCAUUAAAUGAAGACUCAUAACUUGUGAUUGGAUGGUGUGUAAUUGCAUUAACUUCAUCUUUGAUCUUAUUUCAAUUAUUCAUAGAUGUCAAAUAACAUGUCAAAUUCUUAAUUAGUGAAUAUUCCAUCAUCAAAAAAUUGUUCUAUAAACUCAAGCAAUUGAUUUUUAAAAAGGAACCUAAUUAUGAAUAAAAUAUAUUUCUCAAAGGAAGAAGAAGAAUGGGAAUUGAAAAUUUGACAUCCUAAUCUAAUAUCAUGACUAGUAAAUUGAAAACCUAAAGUAAUUACAAAUAAGGAAGAAUGGUAACAUUUACUGUCAGCUCAAGUAGUAGCUGA